AUGGCGUAUCAAGGCGGCGGAGGUGGAGGCUACAAGCCCCAGGAGCUUCAAGACCUUCCGCCUGGAGGCAGUUACCAUCUACCCCCUCACGAUGAUGAAGAAGAAGCACCAGGACAUCAACCUCUCCUGCACGCACAAAGUCCCGGCGGCCCCUUCACGAGUCCCUACGACAGCAACGACGGCUAUCUUCGAACUGGCACCCCACCUGUCAGACCAACAUCGACCUACAGUCUGACUGAAUCAUACGCUGUUCCCGGAGGAGGUGCGCCGGUGCCGUAUACGAACAGCGACUACGGAGGAAGCGUAGGCUCGACGGCAUAUGGCCAUACUCUCGAGGAUACUCCGUACCCUCGAUCCGAAUCCCCAUACUCCAGAGCCGAUACGAACUCGACUGAAGCAUGGCGCCAGCGACAGGCUCCAGCGGUUGGGCCAGGUGGAGGACUAAAGCGGUACGCAACCAGAAAGGUCAAGCUGGUCCAAGGCACUGUCCUGAGUGUCGACCAUCCAGUGCCGUCCGCUAUCAAGAACGCAGUCCAGGCCAAGUACAGGAACGACGUUGAGGGUGGCAAUGAGGAGUUCUCGACUAUGCGCUACACGGCUGCUACUUGUGAUCCCGACGAGUUCACACUCAAGAAUGGUUACAAUCUACGUCCGGCAAUGUACAAUCGUCAUACCGAACUUCUCAUCGCAAUCACCUACUACAACGAGGACAAACAGUUGACAGCUCGCACGCUCCACGGUGUCAUGCAGAAUAUUCGUGACAUUGUUAACCUCAAGAAAUCCGACUUCUGGAACGUUGGUGGCCCAGCUUGGCAGAAGAUCGUCGUUUGUCUUGUUUUUGACGGUAUCGACCCCUGCGACAAGGAUACGCUAGACGUACUAGCCACAAUUGGGGUCUACCAGGAUGGUGUCAUGAAGAAGGACGUUGAUGGAAAGGAAACUGCUGCCCAUAUCUUCGAAUACACCACUCAACUGUCCGUGACGGCCAACCAGCAGUUGAUCCGCCCUUCUGAUGACAGUACAAACACGCUGCCCCCCGUGCAGAUGAUGUUCUGUCUGAAACAAAAGAAUACCAAGAAAAUCAACUCCCACAGAUGGUUGUUCAACGCCUUCGGCCGUCUCCUGAAUCCAGAAGUGUGUAUUCUUCUCGAUGCCGGAACCAAGCCCGGACCAAAAUCGCUGCUCUCUCUUUGGGAAGGGUUCUACAAUGACAAGGACUUGGGAGGGGCUUGUGGUGAAAUCCAUGCCAUGUUGGGUCGAAACGGCCGUAAGCUGCUCAAUCCUCUGGUUGCCGGACAAAAUUUCGAGUACAAGAUUUCCAACAUUCUGGACAAGCCUUUGGAGAGUUCUUUCGGAUAUGUUAGUGUGUUGCCCGGAGCUUUCUCUGCCUAUCGAUUCCGGGCUAUCAUGGGUCGGCCUCUAGAGCAGUACUUCCACGGUGAUCACACUCUAUCGAAGAAGUAUGGUAAGAAGGGUAUUGAGGGGAUGAAUAUCUUCAAGAAAAAUAUGUUCUUGGCCGAGGAUCGGAUUCUCUGUUUCGAGCUUGUGGCAAAGGCAGGGUCAAAAUGGCACUUGACCUACAUCAAGGCCGCCAAGGGAGAAACCGAUGUUCCUGAAGGAGCUGCCGAGUUCAUUGGACAACGUCGAAGAUGGCUGAACGGUUCGUUUGCCGCCAGCAUGUACUCAAUUAUGCACUUUGGCCGAAUGUACAAGAGUGGUCACAAUUUUGUCCGCAUGUUCUUCCUCCAUAUCCAGUUGUUGUACAACACGUUCAACGUUAUCCUGUCUUGGUUCAUGCUGGCAUCUUUCUGGCUUACCACCAGCGUUAUCAUGGAUCUGGUUGGAACUCCCACCGCUGCAUCCGAGACGAGCGCCGAGCAUCACGCUUGGCCCUUCGGUGAUACUGCAACUCCGAUCAUCAACACCAUUCUGAAGUACAUGUACCUCGCAUUCCUACUUGUGCAGUUCAUCCUUGCGCUCGGUAACCGACCAAAAGGUUCGAGAAUUACCUACAUAAUCUCGUUCAUAGUUUUCGGUGCUAUCAACGCAUACCUCAUUGUCCUGUCCUUCUAUCUGGCCAUCAACGGUAUCAGUGGAUCUAGUAUCGACACAACAGGCGCUGAUGAAUUCUUUGCAAGUUUCUUCGGGGAUUCCGGUGGUGGUGGUGGUAUCAUCAUUAUCGCGAUGGCGGCUACCUUUGGUCUCUACUUCGUCGCAUCAUUCUUGUACUGUGAUCCAUGGCACAUGUUCACUUCUUUCGGGCAAUACCUGCUCCUCAUGUCUUCCUACAUCAACAUCCUCAUGGUCUACUCAUUUUCCAACUGGCACGAUGUUUCAUGGGGUACCAAGGGCUCCGACAAAGCUGACGCUCUUCCUUCUGCUAAAACUAAAAAGGAAGACGGAAAGGGGGCAGUCAUCGAAGAAAUAGACCGGCCUCAGGAAGACAUUGACAGCCAGUUCGAAUCCACAGUGAAACGCGCACUGAAGCCCUUCGUCCCCGAAGUGGAGGUCGAAGAGAAGACUCUUGAGGAUUCGUACAAGUCCUUCAGAACGAAACUCUUGGUCUGCUGGAUCUUCUCGAAUGGACUAUUGGCGGUCGUUAUCACUAGUGACAGCGUCAAUAAGUUCGGAUUCGGAAGCGUUAGUGCUGCCGAACGCACGCAAAAGUUCUUCGUCGUCCUGCUUUACGCCACCGCCAUCCUGGCCCUUGUCCGUUUUAUCGGAUACGUUAAUCUCGGCCUCUGUGUCGCAGAAGAAGAGAAGCGGGAUCUUGAGGGUUUUGCUACGGUCUGUCCUGGAAAUUGGGAUCGGGGGAGGAUGAGGACGGGGGCCCCCUCUAAACACUAUCUACAGCAUGUGUGCCUGGCCUUCUGCAUUUGCACAUAG